AUAAACAAAUGAAGUUUUUAAGUAUUAGAAGGCGUUUAGAAGGAACUCGGCAAAUAUUAUCUCCGCCUGUUUAUCAAACAUGUCUGUGUAUAAGUUAUAAAGUCUAGCCUGCCCACUGAUUGAUUUAAAGGGCCGCGGUAAUUUGACCGUGCGAAGGUAGCAUAGUCAGUAGUCUUUUAAUUGAAGGCUUGAAUGAAAGGUUGGACGAGGGAUGAGCUGUCUCCUUUACGUAAUUUGAAUUUAACUUUUGAGUGAAAAGGCUCAAAUUAUUUAGUGGGACGAUAAGACCCUAUAAAACUUUAUAUAAGUUUAAUUUGGCUUACAAUUUGAGUGAAAAGUAGCUUUAUUAGGUUUAUAUUUCGUUGGGGAGAUGUAGAUAUAAUGUGUAACUGUCUGUUUAAUUUAAUAAUUAUAAUUAGUGUGUUGAUCCUUCUUUGUGGAUUAAAAGUAUAAGUUACUUUAGGGAUAACAGCGUGAUUUUCUUUGAGAGUUCUUAUCGACAAGAGUAGUUGCGACCUCGAUGUUGAAUUAAAAUUUCAGUUAGGUGUAGCCGUCUAGCUGGUAGGUCUGUUCGACCUUUAAAAUUUUACAUGAUUUGAGUUCAAACCGGUGUGAGCCAGGUUGGUUUCUAUCUUUUAUUAAUUUGAAAAUGGCUUUAGUACGAAAGGAUUGAGCUUUUGAGAUAGUCUUGUUUUAAGAUAAACUUUAAUGGAUUACCUUGGCAGAUAAAUGUGUCGGAUUUAGGAUCCGUUAAUAUAGUGAUUACUAUAGGUAAUAGGGGGAAUUUAAGUGUUCUUUCUAUGAUGAUUUUGAUUAAGUUAGUGACUUAUCUUAUUUUGAUUAUUUUAGUUUUGGUUUCUGUUGCUUUUUUUACCUUGUUGGAACGUAAAGUUUUAGGUUAUAUCCAAAUUCGUAAGGGUCCUAAUAAGGUUGGAUAUGCCGGUUUACUUCAACCUUUUGCUGACGCUGUGAAGUUAUUUACUAAAGAGCAGACUUUUCCUACUAUAAGUAAUUUUAUUCCUUAUUAUUUAUCUCCGGUUUUCAGUUUAUUUAUUGCUCUCGUUUGUUGGUGUCUUAUGCCUUAUGAGCUUGGUUUGUUUUCUUUGAGUUGGGUUUUAUUUUUUCUUUGCUGUACAAGGGCAAGAGUUUAUUCUACCAUGGGUGCAGGUUGAGCUUCCAAUUCUAAGUAUUCUCUUUUAGGGUGUCUUCGUGCUGUAGCUCAAACUAUUUCUUAUGAGGUAAGGUUGGCUUUAAUUUUACUUAGAAUAUUGUUUUUAGUAGGUGGGUUUGAUUUGGGAUUAUUUGAAAGUUAUCAGCGUUAUUGUUGAUUUUUUAUUUUGGGUUUUCCUUUGGCUUUACUGUGGUUUGCUUCCUGUUUAGCGGAAAGAAAUCGAACUCCGUUUGAUUUCGCAGAAGGAGAGUCUGAGUUGGUGUCUGGUUUUAAUACUGAAUAUAGGGGUGGGGGAUUUGCUCUUAUUUUUAUGGCGGAGUACGCUAGGAUUUUAUUUUUAAGUGCAUUAUUUUCAAUCAUUUUUUUGGGGAGGAGUCUUGUUUUCGUUGAUUUUUUUUUUAUGUAAAAGUUAUGUUCGUGGGAUUUUGUU